AGCAAUGAAAACACCAGCUACAUAAAAAUACAGACAUCGGCUCAUCAAGCUGAACUCGGUCUUAAAGUGCACCAAAAUAGGUGCGAUUUUGCAAAAUCAAUAUUGUGUCUGAAGCUUUAUUCCAGUAACCACUAUCAACAAGGAAUACAUUCAUACAAAUUCCAUUAAACGAGCAACACGUUACUAUGAGUCUCCUACGGUGUAUUCUAAUAUUCUCCUCAGUUUUCGUGACUGGAAUUGCAAGUUCUUUGGACUAUCUGGAUUGUGGGGCAAAAAACUGUAUUUGGAAGUGCUGUCCGUUCGGUAAACAUGUUAUGCACAAGAGCAAAAAGUGCAUUUCUUACAAUGAGACGAUCCCCCAUAAUAUAUCUAUGCCUAUAUAUAGAGAGGAAGAAAAAGAGCUCCAGUUAACAAACAUGAGCUUCGUUGAUCAGUUCCAGCUGCUACCCAAUGCUUUCCAAAAUGUGUCGUUUCGAAAGUAUGUAUAUGAAGCGAUUAGAAUGAAUUUCGUCGUCUACCUGGAUGAGAAUGGCGUUAUGCAUAUAGAGGCUCCGAACUCUUACAAUAGAUGGACUAUAGAUACUCCAGACAUGUACUGCCUGGACUACCAGCAAAAUCUGACUGAUAAUACGUUUGUGUUUGGAGUGUGGGCUACUUUCACUGGCAAGCCGCCACCUCAGCCCAGUAACUUCUACAGAGGAGGUAUGAUGGCUUCAUGCGUGUUCUUGAUCCUCGUUCUCGUGGUAUACCUGCUGCUGCCAGAACUCCAGAACCUUGGCGGGAAAGUGCUGAUGGCAUACGUCUUCUGCCUGCUCUGCUCCUUCAUCUGCUUGCUCAUCGUCCAGAGCGGACACCUACCCGUCCUAGGCUGUGUGUGGACUACGUACUUUACAUACUUCUUUUUCCUGUCGAGUUUUUGCUGGAUGAACGUGAUGUCUUGCGACAUUUGGUGGACUUUCAGAGGGUACGCCAAGGCUCGUCCCAUCCACCGUCGCGGCGAGAAUUUCAAGUUCUUAAUGUAUUGCCUAUACGCGUUUGGGGUGUCUUUGGCGAUGACAGUCAUGCUGGGCGUACUCAACUCCGUUAACAUGAGGUGGUGGCCCGCGUUUGUUACCCCUGCCAUUCCUGGAAAAGGCUGCUUCUUGGAAGACGGAGAAAAGCUGUAUUACCUGUACAUGCCGUUGCUGAUCAUGAUCAUACUGAACUGGAUGUUCUUCCUCAUGACGGCCUUCAACAUAUGGCGCCUCGGCCGAGGCACUGCGGUGCUCGACUCCGCGGCUGCCGGCACACCAGCUGCUCAUCGACAGCAGAAGCAGAGGUUAUUGGUUUACCUGAAAUUAUCUAUCCUGAUGGGUCUGAACUGGCUGCUAGAGGUGAUCAGCUCUGUCACUCCACGUCUUCUGGACAGCAUCUGGGUCAUUCCUGACACUUACAACCUUCUGAUCGGCGUGGCCAUCUUCGUCAUCUUCUGUUGCAAGAAGAAGAUAUACGAUAAACUCCGCUUGAGGCUGUUAUGUCUGACAUCGUUCGGCGAGCACUCCUGGACGGCUUCCAUGAGGAGCAGGUCCAACAGCACCAUGACAGAGACGUCGAACAUUAGCCAGGAUGGCGCUCUGCAGAUCAGCAUCAACCCCAAAGGCCUCACCGACCAGAAGGAACGGCAUUUUGUAAACAACUAAACGGCGAUAACGACCAAUAUCAUUUGAAGUAACAAAGUAUACGCUGGUGUGUCCUAAAAUACUCAAAAUACUACUACUACUUAAUAAUGCUGCGUACCGAGGCGAGGAAAAUGAAGCGAUACUAUUGUACAAAUACAUCCCUCGCUACGCAUCAUCGCACAUCUCUGGUGGAAACGCAGCCUUAGGCCUGCAUUAGAGUUAGAGCUAAAGCACACGAUGCGCAUCAUGUGCUUUGGCUCUUACGAUGUAUAACGAAUCUAAAGAUUUAUUCAUAGAUAGGUUAAGAAUAGAUUUAAGUCAAUGAUUCCAAAGAUGCUUUUUAUUGUCUACUAGCUUGCCGCGCGGCUUAGCCCGCGUCCGCGUGGAAUUUCGUUUGUUAAAUUUUCCUGAAUUUUCUUUGCUAUAAACCUCACGGAGCCCGAGACCUUUCCAACGAAUGCAAAACCGUGGAAAUCGGUUCGUGCGUUCUGGAGUUAUAGCGUCAGGAAGGAAAACCCGACCUAUUUUUAUAUAGUAGAUAGAUUACUUCGGUGGGGCUGUAGAAUAUUAUAAAUACCUAAAUCUGCAAAUCCAAUGCAAUUUGCUACAGAUAUAAAAUGUUAAUUUGUGAAAACAAGCACAACACAACUAAUGA